UGGAAUAACCUUCUAAAAAGACUGUCGUUUAAAAAUCUUUUGGGACCUUUUCAAGCAUGCCAUGAUUUAUUUAUUUAGUUUUCACUCAUUGUAACGUUACUAUUACAUUUUGUUUGUUUUUUAAUAGAAGUCUGAGGUUACGAAAUUUUUAUUAAAUUUGUCCCUUGAAAAGAAAUAUAAUAACAAUGCUGUUGGAAACAAUUAUAUAAAGCUAACAUUAUUGAUCAAAAAUGUAUUGAACUCGGAGAUAUUUUGUUUGAUGUGAAUUCGAAGGAACUAUCUUGAUUUAUCAACAGAUAUACGGGGAAAACGGAUCACGAUAAAUUUACAAAUGUAUAAAAAGUUAGAAACGAACUUUGGUCUUACUUUUAAUGUGAAUCUGACUAUACAAGCUGACUUCUUACAUUCCUGUGAUGUAAUUAUGGCUUUACAUUAGUUGAAAAUGACAAAUAAUUCAAACCAUUCUAGACCUACGUUACCCGACAGGAUAGAUAGAUUAACAGACAGAGGAGCACAUGAUAGGAUAGAUAGAGGAUCAAGUGGUAGAACCGAAACGACAGAUAGAACGUUAGUACUUCCAGCAUAUACACUGAAUGGAAGACAUGCUAAUUUUGCUAGUCAACGUGAACUUGUGGAAACAGAGGACGACGAAUUCACAGUACCAAUACUUCCUAUGGGAUUAGCCGUUACAUGUGGUGUUCUUAACUUUAUUUUACCUGGAUUCGGGACUAUAAUAGCUGGACUAUGUGCUCCUUGUUGUGCGAAGUCUGAACUAGGAAUAAAAGACUACAGUUGUGUGUCUGCUUGUGUAAUUAUAGGAGUUGGAUUUCUCCAACUUCUCCUGACAGCUUGCUUUCUGAUUGGUUGGGUAUGGAGUGCAAUAUGGGGAAUAGCAUUGAUAGGAACAGCAUCUGAUUUUUCAAACUACAAUCCGUUAGAUCCAGAAUCAACAUACUGGCGCAAUAGGCCAUCAUCUAACCGAUCCAGGCGAAGUAUAAGGCCUCGAUCAAAUUUCAUCUAUCCUAUGAGGGCACCAUCAAACGUAGAUUAUAAUAGUCCUCCUCCUCCAUACCAAAUGUUCGGAACACCUCCACCUCGCUACGCAUCUAGACCUUCAUCCGAAAGAUACAGAAGUACUACAGCGUCACCAUUAACAACAGAUACAAGACGGCUAAAUGAUGUGUCAUCUGCAAGAACUAUGACAACGACACAAAUAAUGGAAGAUUCGAGUGAAGUUAUGUCUUGGGAUUGUCCCCAGUGCAAUAGAGUAUAUGAGGCUGAUAUUCGUAAACAUCUUUGUCGGCGUUGUUCAAGAGAUGUUUGUGGAAGGUGUUAUACUAAGGUAUUGAGAACUCGUGCUGAAGACAGAGUAUCAGUGUGUGAUAAAUGUUUUACAGAAGUCUCACAGGAUCCGAGGAUGCAAAGAAUCUGAAAAUAGAAAAAAAAACUAACAUUUCAGUAUUGCUGCUAGUCAGCGUAAAUCAAAAUGAAAAAUUAAUACUGUAAUAAAGGCAAUGAAUUUAAGUAUUUUAUAUAAAUUGUCAAAUCCGCUGGUUCGGAUGUUUAUGUGCAGUCUUUUAUCAACUUUAUUACCAUAUGAAAUAAAUACAUACUUUUGUUUGAAAA